UCUGGGUGAUUCAUUGAAAUGGCUGCGGACCCAAAAUAUGCCAAUUUACCGGGCAUAGACCUGAAUUCUCCAGAUGUGUAUGAAACCGGAGAUUUACCAGAAGAUGACCAAAAUGAUGUGAAUGAAGAGCUUAAUAAUGAAAAUGUAGAGAAGCUCUCUGUUGAUGUGAAAUCUGCUUAUUCAAAGUUCAAGGGCAAAGAUGUUAGUGCUGGAGCAGUUGAUUUCUCAGACAGCAUCAGCAAGGGACGGCGCACAGGCUAUGAUGUCCACAAAACCGAAUACGAACUGGCAGAAGAUGGAGCUCGCAUGGAAACGCCCCAGCAGAAGUACCAGCGACUUCUUCAUGAGAUUCGGGAAUUAGCUGAGGAAACCAACAAAAUUCAGGAAGCAGUGAAGGAUGAGAGCUCAAGUGAUAAAGCCUCUCCCAUUGUGGCCAGCAAGCAACUGGAUUACCUACAGCACCAGCUUGCCGACCUCCACCUGGAGAAACUCCUCGGCCCGGAAGCUUCCAUCGACCUGUCAGACCCACAGGGGGCGCUGCAAAAGCGUCUCCUCACCCAGCUUGAGUCUGUCAAAGCCAUGUCAGCCACCGACAGCUCCAAGAAGCCAUCUGCCGGUGAGCAGGGUCACGUGAAAUAUGAACUGUUCUACAAACCAGAACAGGCUCAGUUCAGUAGAAGUGCCAGGGUGGCAAGUCUGGAGGAGAGACUGGAAAGGCUGGAAGCAGUCAUUGGACAAAACACAGAGAAACUGGGAGUGUUGACGGCAGAUACAAACCACAAGAGCUUGUUGGGAGCAGUGACUGUCCUCAACUCCAAGUUGAACCUGCUUGACGGAGCUCAGCUAGAACAGGUGGACGGUAGGCUCAGUACUGUCCUCAACAAGCUGGAUAAGGUCGGGGAAAAGGCCGGAGCAGAGGAGGAUGUGGAGAAACAAACCAGGGUUGCUGAACUGUACGAGCUGGUGAAGAAGUGGGAGACGAUGUCUGAUACAGUCCCCCAUCUGGUGGAUAGACUGGUCUCCCUCAAGGAUUUGCAUGAACAAGCUCUCCAGUUUAGCCAGUCCCUGGCAUAUCUUGACUCUGCGCAGGAAAAAAUCUCAUCUAGUCUUAGUUCCCAUGGUGAUAUGCUAAAAAAGCUGCAGGCGUUGUUCCAGAGUAACACAGAGAUGAUCAAGACAAACAGCAAGAGCAUAGAAACCAGAAUACAAGGGCUCAAGAAGAAAUGAACAGGGGGAGAUCACUCCGGUUGAAUUUCGUUUUGUGCUCGGUGGCAGGAAAUAAUACUUAAAUCUUCUAACUUAUUGCUUUAUCACCCUUCAUUUUUCAUCGCAGACUUUUCAAGUCUAAGGAGAGAUGCACUGGAUUGCGUUAUAGCCAACUCCACGUAGAAUCUGAGGGAAUACCACAUUUGUAGAUACGUUUCUUGCACAGAAUAAAGACUUGCUAGGCUUUCUUGCACAGAAUAAAGACUUGCUAGGCUUAAAUUAUUUAAGGCAUAAAUACAGCUUACACAAAUAAUUGAAUGAUUUGAUAUAAGAGAGAUUUAGAUCAACAUGUACAUGUAUGUUGCAGACAUACCUUUGUCACCAGAAGCCUGACAUUUUUGAGAAGACUGUGUGGGAAUCUGCAGCUUGGUUAAUAACUGAUAUCUGAUGUUUUAGCCAAGAUAUUUUAUCUCGGAUUACAUUUAGCCUAGUUGUUAUCAACACAUGAAGAGAGAUUGUUGCAGCUCAGUCAGCAACACUGCAUGCAUGACACUUCCGUUUGAUUCUUUACCAAUUUACAAAAUCGGAACUUUGUAUUCUUUCUUUGUCUGAAAAUAUAGGAAGCAUACAGUUAUGCAGAGACACCGAUGUGAACAGCCUGUGUUUACCCAUAAUAGUAAGCUUAUUGACACAACCAUCAGUGAUCACGAUGAUAAAAUAUGGCUGGGAUGUAAGCGUAUGUACUGAAACAUUUGUAUACUGUAAACUUGUUUGUAGCAAACAUGUCCAUCUUGUCGACAUGAAAUACCCUUGUGCUUGGCAAUACCUGAAGAAUUCUAUGUAAUAAAUUGUAUUGAUUCUGUAGAAUAUGCCUCCUGCACUUCUGGCUGAGUUACAUCAGCAUUCAUGGAGUCUUUGUCGCUGAUCAUUGUCACAGUGAAAGCGUGUUAGUGUAUCAAGGAACAGAGGACAACAAAUAUCUUUUUCCUUUUUUAGGCCUGUAGUUAAUGUCUUUUUCAUUUCACUUGGUUCUGGCCUUAUUAUUAUAAAACUAGUGUACAUUCAGAUACUAUAAUUGUAUAUAUACUUUAUCACGUGCAUUAAAGUGUCUAGCCAUUA